CUCUAUAUUUCCCUCCAUACCCCAUAUCUGAUCGAUAUAUACCAUAUUUGAAACCAAACUAGCGAAAAACUCUAAUCAUGAGAAAGCCAGAGUUGUCCGUGGGAAAAGACGUAAAAGCAAACAGUAACAGCAAGAAUAAGAUGAUGAAUAAUAAGCUCAGGAAGGGAUUGUGGUCGCCGGAGGAAGACGAAAAGUUGAUGAGGUACAUGUUGAGCAAUGGACAAGGGUGUUGGAGUGACAUUGCUAGAAACUCUGGUCUCCAAAGGUGUGGAAAGAGUUGUCGUCUUCGUUGGAUUAACUACUUGAGACCUGAUCUCAAGCGUGGUGCAUUUUCGCCUCAGGAAGAACACCUUAUCAUCCAUUUUCAUUCCAUUCUUGGCAACAAGUGGUCACAGAUUGCUGCACGUCUUCCAGGACGAACAGACAAUGAAAUCAAGAAUUUUUGGAACUCUGCUUUGAAAAAAAGGUUGAAAAAUAACAACAUUUCCACAUCGACAUCUUCACCGAACGAGAGUGAUCAUUCGUCGGAGCCGAAUGUCAAUAUUGGGGGAGCAACGCCAUUUAUCCCCAUGCACAAUGAACAUGACAUGUUGCUGAGCAUGAUGUACAUGGACUCAUCAUCGUCCUCAUCCUCAGCAUCCAUGCAAGUCAUCAACAGCAACACAUUCGCUCCUAACUUCUCUGUGCUUGACAGUUCCUCUUUACUGAACUACGUGAAUCACACAGGCGCCUUGACACAGCUACCAGAAGGGCAGUAUGGGGAUUACGGAAAUUACUUGGAGGCUGGUCAUAAAAUGGGGAUAGAAGGUGAUCUUUGUCUUCCUCAUCUUGAGACUAGUAGAAGAAGUUUAAUAGAGAAUAAUAAUGGUCAAGUAGUUGACAAUAUAAGCAAUAACAAUAUCAACCACUUCCAUAAUGAUAACAAUAAUAAUUGCUUUACUAACACGGCGAGUAAUAUGAGCAUUAAAGUAGAUGACGGGGACAUAUUUGGGCAAGCUGAAGCUGGAGGAAGCUUAAGAGUUGGAGAAGAAUGGGAUUUUGAGGGUUUCAUGCAAGAUAUAUCCUGCUUUCUUUCUUAGCUUUGCCAUUAUUUGCAAAGAAAAUUUUGGCAACUAAAACCCAUUUCUUUGCCUAUCCAAACAAAACCCUAGCCGUUUUUGUGCAUGCAUGCAAUCAUAUCUCGUUGUUGCUUUGAAGAGAUUCAAGUGUAAGUAUAUCAAUAAUAGUGAUACAGAACUGUAGAGAUUAAUAGACUAUAUUCGAGGAUGUAAUAAUUUUCGUCAAAUAAUUUGUGUACAAAAGAUCAAUAAGAAUGUCAGUGGAGUUGUAAGUUGUCAAUUAGUGCGAGAGAAGAUGAGAAAGAUGUAGCACACAUUAUGUUAAUAAAAUAAUAAGCAGCU